AUGGCUUCCUUUCAAAAUGCAGCGCGCUCAGCGUCCCGAAGAUUGUUGAAGCAAUGCGAGACCCCGACCGCGUUUGCCGGAAGAAACCGAUUCCACUUGUCGCAAUCAUCCCACCUGAGAAGACUACACAGCCUGCCGCCACGGAAUUCCCAGUCCACAGCUGCGUCCAAUCCUGCUCUUUCCUUCCCCUGUCUCGACGCCCAGGAAGAAAAGACCGCACGGCUUAGCGCACGAUCUCUCGAGUCGGGACCGGAACCUUCGUAUACCACGGGCCACCAUGAACGAUUCCAUUGCGAGGUACCGUUGUUGCUGGAUUGGGGUGGUGUCUUGCCAGAGUUCGAUGUCGCGUACGAGACCUGGGGUACAUUGAAUGAGGACAAGAGUAAUGCAAUUCUUUUGCACACAGGACUUUCCGCAUCGAGUCACGCUCACAGCACCCUAUCUAACCCUAAGCCCGGUUGGUGGGAGAAGUUCAUUGGGCCUGGUGGCCCGUUGGAUACAAACAAAUACUUUAUUAUCUGCACCAAUGUUCUUGGAGGCUGUUACGGGAGCACAGGGCCUUCGUCGGUUGACCCGUCUGAUGGAAAGCGAUAUGCCACUCGAUUCCCGAUCCUGACCGUCGAAGACAUGGUGCGGGCUCAGUUCCGCCUGCUGGACGCGCUUGGUAUCCAAAAACUGUACGCGUCAGUCGGAUCGAGUAUGGGUGGUAUGCAGAGUUUGGCUGCCGGUGUUUUGUUCCCCGAGAGGAUCAACAAGAUUGUGAGUAUCAGUGGGUGCGCACGUAGCCACCCGUACAGCGUUGCCAUGAGACAUACCCAGCGUCAGGUCCUGAUGAUGGAUCCCCGCUGGGAGCGUGGUUUCUACUACGACUCCAUCCCGCCGCACUUCGGAAUGAAGCUUGCCCGUGAAAUCGCAACGGUCACCUACCGUAGCGGACCGGAGUGGGAGAAGCGCUUUGGCCGCAAGCGCGCCGACCCCAGCAAGCAGCCCGCCCUCUGCGCGGACUUCCUCAUCGAAACCUACCUCGAUCACGCAGGCGAGAAGUUCUGUCUUGAGUACGACGCCAACAGUCUCCUCUACGUGUCGAAAGCAAUGGACCUGUUCGAUCUGGGCUACGAACAACAAGUCGAGACCCGGAAACGCCGGGCCGAGUACGAACGCAAGAUUACCCAAGGUGACAAACAACUCGAACAAAGCGAUCCCGCUUGCAGCCUGACUCUCCCAGAACAGCCCUACGAAGAACAACCCUCUGUUACCGCAUCCAUCCCAUCGAUCAACGAAUCUGUCUUUGACAAGGGAGAUAAGAACUCAGAGGCACCGCCGGAGGAUCUUGUCCGCGGACUGGCACCUCUCAAGAAUCACAAGGUGCUGGUCAUGGGUGCUGCCAGUGAUAUCCUCUUCCCGGCUUGGCAGCAACGCGAAAUCGCUGCAACGCUCCAGGCUGUUGGCAACAAGAACGUGGAGCAUGUCGAACUUGGAGAGGACGUGUCGCAUUUUGGGCAUGAUACAUUCCUGCUUGAUCUGAAGAAUGUUGGUGGUACGGUGCAGAGGUUCCUGUGA